UUGACACGCUGAGUCACACGCACUGAGUCACCCGACAGGCACCGGCAACAACCUACCGCUCAGCACAGCACACACAGCAGAGCCACCCCCAGGGGGGGGGUAUGCAGCAGCGGCAAACCACAGACACGACAUCACACGACAUCGGGUUUAAGGAGCAGGUCAUGCUGCUGAUCACCACACACGGUAUGCUGACGGACGUGCUGAACUUCCUGGCUCGCAGCUUCGCCAAGGACCCGGGGCUGCACGUGCUGUUCCAGGACAUUGUGCGCCGCCUGCUGCAGGGGCAGCUCAGCACCGUGUCGCACUUUGUGCCGGGAGACUUCGGGCGCGGCCGCUACUUCCUCAGCCUGCGUAUCUCGCCGUUCCUCUUAAAGGACAGCAAUGGAAGCGGCUGCGCGGCGGGCAUUGAAACCGGCACGGAAGCCCCUGGAGCGCGAGCGCCGCCCGCUCGCCCGCAGCAAGCGCGGCAACCGGCGGGGCCGCGGGCGGGCGGCACCCCCGCCUUCAUCCUGGAGCUAGACGUGCCGUAUGAGGGCCGCGACUUGGCCGCCCGCCUGCAGCGCGACUACAUGAUCACCAGCCACGUGCCCUCCAUCGUCACCAUGUUCGACCUCAAGGGGCGCAUCCUGCAUCAGAACCGGUCCUCGGUGGCCUACCUGGGCUACCUGGUGGGGCGGGACAGGAACGCCGCCGCAGCAGCGGCAGCAACCGCCGCGUCUCGGGCAAAGGCAGGUCCAGUGGGCGCGGAGAAGCGCCAGAUCCAGCCGCCGCCUCCAUCUUCCCCGUCCGGCGUCAACAGAUACGCAGACCGGGCGGGCGGGGCGGAAUGGGGCGUGGGCCCCGGUGGAGGCGCAAGCGACCGGAACACAGCGAGUCCCGGGUGGCAAGCACGACUGGAGGCGUCCUUGACGGCAUCGCUGGGGGCAUCAGCAGCCGGCUUGCACGCCAGCGGUGGCCCCAACCGGCUACAGCAGCUGUUCGCGCACGACCCCACCAAGCUGCACGAGAUCCUGCAGGCCGUGGCGGAGGGCAUGGAGUGGAGAGGCCUUGUGCGCAUGCCUGCUCGGCUAGGGGACCCGGAUUUGCUUCGUAGCGCGAACGCGGAGCCGUCGCACGACAUGCCUGUCGCCAGCACUGCCUGCACGAGCGGACCAGCUACUGCAGUGCACAACGCCACUGCGGCAACAGCAGGAGCACGAGCAGGAGCAGGAGCACGAGCAGCAGCGCAGCCACACGCGGCUACUGGCGGGGGCUCAGAUCCGACGGCUCAGCUUGCUGCACUGCCGCCGCAGUUGGCAACAGCUGCUGCAGGCUGGACAAAUCACUUGCGUCCGCAGUCGCCCGUGUCGCCUGCUUCCUCGGCAGCAGGCAAACGGGUGGAGGCCGUGACGGUGGCGAGCGACAACGAUCACCUUAGUUCGUUGUUUAGUGACCCCAUGGGCUCACCCCGGGGCCCCGGACGCGCCUCCGCUGGCAACACGGACACCAACACGACCGCCGGCCUGAGUGCGAUUGCGGGCUGGGCGCAGCGGCGGGCCGUCGGCGACACGGACGUAGCCACAGGCACAGGCACAGGGACGGGCACGCACCAAACGCUGUCCAGCGCUGGCGUCCUCCCAGCUGCGGGCUCACAGCGCGAUAUGCUGUGCCUGCACGGCGAUGACUCACUGGCCGCACGACGCGAAGGCUCCUGCGCUGGCGCCGCUCCCAUGGCCGGCGAUGCAGUGGCGCCCUGCAGCACAGCUGCUGGGCCUCCUGCGGCCCCACCUGGCCGUACUGUGUCCUCGUCCGCGCUGCCGCUCCCGCCGGUGGCUGCCGUGCUCGUGGGAGACGCGGUGGGACCAAUCUCUGUGACCUCGGGUGCACAAGGCGGCACCCCGGCUCAGCUGACCGCCGAUUGCACCGGCAGCAGGGCAGCUGCCGGCGGGCACAGCGGCGAUGCGGCCACCAGCGGCGAGACGGCGGGGAGCGUGACCAUGGGCUCCUUCCCGCGCGCCGCCAGCCUGCCGGCUGCGGGCGGGGCCCGGAUGCUGGCGCAGUACGUCAUGUCGUGGCCGGGCGCCGCCUCGGCGGCCCCUGCGGUGGAGGCGGUCCGGCUGGAGCCGACGGAGUUGGGGGUGGUCCCGUCAGACGUGCUGUCGGCGCUGGCGCUCGCGCAGGGCCAGGCGCAUCAUGGCCAGGCGCCGGAGGUGCGGGGGCGGGCUGAAGCGCAGAGCGCUCCGCCGCUUCGGCCCUCGCCGCCGUCGUCAGGCAGCAGACGGGCUGCGGCGCUGGGCCUCGCCGGGGCGUGCGCUGGCCAGGACCACUUGGGCUCGGCCGCAGUGGCGGGUCUGGCGUGGUGCAGCAGCGGCAGCACAGCGCCAGCGGCCACGUUGGGAGCCGGGCCACAUAAAGACAGCCGUGGCGACAGCGGCGGCGCUGGUGGCGAUGGGUUGCGUGGUCCUGGGGUGCGGCGCGCAGUGGUGGCGCCCAUGACCGAAGCAUUGCUGUCGCCGUCCAGCAGCCUUAUGACUAGCCUGGUCGUUGAGAAGGAGCAGCAGCAACAGCAGCAGCAGCAGCAGCAGCAACAGCAACAGCAACAGCAGCAGCAGAGUGUGCUUGUUGGUGGGCGAACGAACGCAGGGGCUAGUGCAGCCGCCAACACCAGCACCAGCGGUGGCUCUGCGGCUGUGGGCCCGCGUGCAGCCCUGGCCGAUGACACGCCCAUAAGGGACACCAGCGAGCGAGACGGCGGCGACGACCUGCUGCUCCUGGCCACCGCCGGCCACAGCCCCAGCAACAGCACCGCGGGCUUCAACAUUGACUUCGACACGCUGUGCGCCAGCGCCGCCCGCGGCAGCAACACACCCGGCGGCACCGGCUCGCUGCACAUGCCGCUGUCGCGCGCCACCACCGGCGGCCAGGGUGGCUCUCAUCACCUGCCGCUGUCGCGCGCUAACACCGGCGGCCAGGCGGGGUCACUGCCCGCGGGAACUGCUGGUGGCGGCGGGCCCCGUGGUCUGACGUACAUUGACGAGGAGGCGCAUGAGGGGCUGGAGGAGCUGUCCUUCCUGCUGCCCAAGAUGGCGAGUGGCCAGCAGCAGCAGCAGCAGCAGCGCAACCCGGCGCCACGCAUUGCGGGCCACGGAGCUCAGGGUGCCGCAUGCGUCGUGCGGUCAGGCAGCGCGUCUGUCGCCGACAGCGCUGCAGGCCCUCCACACUGUACAUCGCCGCGCCUCGACUCAACAGCAGCAGUAACAGCAGCGCCGAGCGCCUCGUCCGCGCCGCCGGUGGCCAUGGCUGGAAUGACGCCGGCUGAGAUCGUUGCAGCCGCAGCCGCGGCGUCAUUGGUGCUGCCGAGCGCAACAUCUGCGUCGUCGCCGGUGGGGUUUCCUGCGCUGCCACCAUUACUUGUGCGGCCGGUGGCGGCAGCGGCAGCUGCUGUCAGUUCUGCGGCCGUCAGCCGGAUGUCCGCCCCCAUACUGGAACUAUCUCCUAGCAUGGAUGCAGCGCCGCCGAGCACUGACCUGCUAGGCCGUGCUCGCCAGUCCGCCGGCGACUGGCCGGCCCAACACUCCGCGGCGCAGCCAGCCGUGUCGGCCGACUUCCACGACAGCCGCGGCGGUGGCCCUAUGUCCCCUGCCGCAGCUGCUGGAGUGCUGGGAACCGCUCAGGGCUUCUCACAGAGCAUGGUGCGGCAGCCGCGCAGUUCGUCGCACGCACGCUGCACAUCCGCCUCCACCACCUACCUGCACCUGCACAGCCAGGAGCAGGGCCGGCGGCUGCACGCAGUGCUGCGCGGCCUGAGCCGCGGCGGCGGUGCCGGCGGCGGCGGCGGCGGCAUGACAGCCAUAGCGCUGCCCAGCCCAAACAAGGCCAGCGGUCGUGCAUACGGCGACGGCAGUGUGCACGGCGGUCGCAUGAACUCGGCCCGGUCCUCGGCGUAUUUUGUACGAGCCAGUAUGCCAGGCAUACUGCCUAGUGUGCACCCGGCCAGCACGGCACUCACUGACCCAGUGGCAGCCAGACCCACCACGCCUAGCACCGCACACCAGCUGCUGGACUCACAUGGCAACGCCCCGGCGGAGGCGUGGCACCGGCCCGGCGGGGCUGCCAGCGCCGAAUCCGGCAGCGUCGCGGCAAGCUCCGCCGCGGUGGCAGCGGCAGGGCUCGCGCUCGCCAACGGUGUGAACGCCAUGUACAACCCUACUGCUGGCACUGCUGCUGACGCAAUGGCCGCGGCAGUGCCUGCUGGUCCGCCUGGGCGCCAGCAGCAGGGCGCACUGCAGACGCAGAUGCAGACGCAGACGCAGACGCAGACGCAGACGCAGACGCAGACGCAGCAGAUGUCGACGGGCACAGAGCAGACGUCCACAGACGCCUUCCGCUGGCAUGAGGUCCACGUGAAGCCCUGUUUCGACCCGAUGAGCUCCAACAACACAAGCGAGCCGCUGAUCUUGGUGAUCCAGACGGACGUGACCAGCAAGGUGCGCGCCGAGGAGGUCCUGGCCCGCGUGCUGGAGGCCGAGCACCGCCUGCUCGCGGACAUAUUCCCCUCCCACGUGGUGCGCCAUAUGACGCAGCGCCGCCGCAAUGAGGCCGAGCUGGAGCGCAACGGGCUGCAGCUGCUGGCGCACAUCCAGGACCCGGCGGCCUUGGCCACCUCACACGAGUGCAUUACCGUGCUCUUUGCGGACAUCAAGGGCUUUACGGACAUGUCCAAGGAGGUGCCGGCAGCCACCGUCAUGACCUUCCUGAACGACCUGUACACGCGCUUCGACAGCCUGACAGACGUGUACGGCGUGUACAAGGUGGAGACCAUCGGCGACUGCUACAUGGUGGCGGGCGGGCUGGUGGCGCGCGAUGAGGACGGCUAUGGGCGCGCGGUGCGCGGGCAGGGCGAUGUGGACCCACUGCACGCCAUGCGUGUCGUGGCGUUUGCACGGGCCAUGCUGGAAGAGGCAGCCAAAGUGCUGUUGCCAAACACUGGCGAGCCGGUCAAAAUGCGUGUGGGCAUCCACAGUGGCUCGGCGACUAGUGGUGUGGUUGGGCACAAGAUGCCUCGCUUCUGCCUGUUUGGCGACACGGUCAACACCGCCAGCCGCAUGGAGAGCACGGGGCGGCCGGGUGUGAUCCACGUGUCAGCCGCCACACGCGCCCUGCUGCCGCCCGAGGAGGACGAGGAGGGCUGGGCGCCCACCGGCGGCGUGGACGUCAAGGGCAAGGGGCGCAUGGACACGUUCACGUGGUCUGUGGCGGCCAAGCAGCGCCGCGACAAGCAGCAGCGGGCCAUGCUGCUCGGCACCAUCAGCCACCUGGCGGCCCUGGGGCCCCUCAUCACCACCAACACUCACGCAUCGCCGCCCAGCGCCGCCCGGCUGCGGCAUUUGACCACCACCACGGCGGCAGCAUCAGGAGGCACCUUGACGCAGCCAAAUUCCGCCAGGGCGGGCGGAUUCAUGUAUCGUUCUGCGUCCACGGCACUGUUUGAUACGCACGGCUGAGCUGGUGUGUGGCAAGCGCACCUGGAAAUAGAAACACUGGAUGGCAUAUCUGUGCCGCACAAACAGUGGUGCCAUGCGUGGCAAGCGAGUUAGAGGACGGAACUCCUAACAUACACAAGCAAUGCAGGCGGUUACCGCUCAUUAUCUGUGCUGGACCAAACUCGCUCAAGCUAUAUGCGCGCUCCAGGACUGCAAUACGCUAAUUACGGUACCGCCAGUCACUUCACUUGUUGUGAACAGCCCCUUCAGAGAGCCCUUGUGGUAUGGUUGCUGUUGAGGCACAUUGCCCGUGCGCCUUGAUGCGUCGGGGCCUCAUUGGGAAGGACGGUGUCUUAAAGACCGCGCGUGUCUCGUAUAGGUGGUCAAGCGGCGAUGGCCGCCCUCCACGCAUUCAUGAGCUGUACCUAUGACGCCACCAUGCAGUUGACGCAUGUGUAGGCUGGGCCUAUGAGUGCUGAUGUGUUACUAAGCAAGGGGAUAGCUGGGUUGGGGCCAGCCUUGGCUUGGGACCGGGGGCAACACCAGUAGUGGGUGACAUCAUACGGUAUGCUUCAGCGCAGUGCAACUACAGGACGCGCUAGCAUCGUACUAUUGGGCACUUGAACACGACACGGACUGGGUACAAGUGGUUAUCAACGUGUCUAUACGCACGCAUGCACUUACACGCAUACACAAACACAUGUGCACUGCUGCCAACCCAGUCCUGCCCGUUGGCGCGGGCCGCCCGGCAGUGCUGCCGCAUGAAUUAUGGAUGGGGUGUUGCGCGGCGGUUUGGCAGAGCGCAUUUUGUAGGCGGUUGGAACGCUGGGUCCCUCUGGAGCAACAUGUGUUCGGGGAUGCAGAUUAGCUAGUGCAGUGGGCAGGGGCACUUGAUGUAUGGUACCCUAUCUAGAUUUCGCAAGCAUGCCACAAUUGAGGAAGGGUACUGAAUGCUGCCAAUUGCUUGAAGAGUUGCUUGCUAGGGCAAUGUAGUGGCGAUGGGUGUAAUAUAGGCAAGUGGAUAUAUAUGGCAGGAUUGCAGGAAUCGCAUCGAUGCACAUUGCUUGUGUGUGAAAGCGCCGGCCCCUGGAUGCUUUGGGCCUAGCGUAUAGCGAGUAAAGGUGGGGCAAGCCGUUCGUCCUUGUGGCCCAUCACAUCACGCAUUCACCCUCUGCCGCGCCGGCGGGGCUGGUCACUGUUGUGCAUGGAUGAGCUCUGUCCUGCAAGGCCGUGCUUGUGGAUCACCUGGCUAGGAGUGACAGCCGUCAUGGGGCGCAGGCAACACAAACAGGUCCUGACGGGGACCACUGCAGACAAAUCUCCCCUGCCGCCGUACGUAGCAAGCCAGCCCUGUUGGGCGUUUAUGACGUGUGUGGCGACGGAGCACAGGCUUGUAGGUACACCUGGGCGCCACCGGCGCAUCUGGGACAAUAUGCACCUCGUGCGGCUGGUUACGGUACACUCCCCGGCU